UCGUGAGUGGAACCGCGUAGUAGUACGCUCGACGUCAGCGUGGACGUUCGACGUUUCCUCUCGAAUCUCUUCGAUUCCUGCGACGUGUUUUUCCCAUCCUUCCACUCCCUACGUUCCCUAUAAUUAUUUGCUCGUCCACUCAGAAUCGCGAUAACCAUAUUUAUUCCUUGUAUUUAAUAUUAAAUAAUCCAAUAUCAAACUUAUCCUUCGAGUAUUCCGUCAAACUCGUCUAAUUUGGGAUUAUCGUAGUAACCAGUUCCUUCUUACCAUAAGCUAGUAUUAUUUGGAGUUAUACGUGUCGUGAUCGUACGAACGUCGAGAUACCGUGUUUUCGUGGAACUGUUGAGUGAUCGGGUAGUGAUCGUUUCUGUUUCGAACGUGGACAUCGACACGUACGCGAGACGCGGAAGAACGUCGAUGUGCAGUGAGUUAAUUAAUCGCGAGACUUAUUCUGGAGGGUUCUUCCCUGCUUGAGCGACUUUUGGAACUUUCCGCAGACGCGAGGAGACUUUUUCACGGACAAUGGGAACAAUGAGGAACAAUUUCGCGGUGGUCUUUGUGCUCCACAUCCUGAUGCACUCGACGAGUCAAUCCCUUUCGCUACGCGGCACAAACGGAAAUUCCUCCAAGAGAAACAGUCUGUCCGGCGCUUUAACCCUCGAGCCGCGAUCCACGUCCUCCACAAUCUACGAAUGCCUGUUCGUUGAUCCCGAUCUACCAGCUUGCGACGUCAAAUGGAUGCUGAACUCGAUCGAGGAUCUGACAAGUAGUCCAAAUUCUUUCAACAAAGAUACAAUGCAACGCUCGAGAAGAAACGUCCACGUUCCACCCACGAUGGACGUCGUAGUUUAUACUAUCGAGGGCUGUCUACCACCUAGGAUACCCUUUUCAAUGCCUUCCUGCGAGGGAAUUUCCCUGGACAGAAUCGUAGAUGUACAGAAAUUCCGUCCCUUCACCGUGAAAGGAGUGACAAAGCCACCGUUCGUGUUUCCGAAAUUCAAUUAUUCUCGAUGGCUGAGCAUGAUGACGCGGUUGCGGAAUCAUGUUUCGUCUAAAACACGAAACGAAAAACGCGUUUUCAAAGAAGCUUCCUUCGAAUCGAUUCAGGAUCGUAUGGAAGGGCUGAUGACCGCGGCCACGACGAAGGCAACGACACCGAUCGCAAUUGCGGCUAAUAUAAGCCAUACAAACGGGUCGUCACCGAACACGUUCAUUCCCAGCAAUGCCAAUUCCACCGAAUCGGUCGAUCAGCCACGAAGAACACUCGAGAACACAUUCAAUACUGGAAAAACCCUGUCACAAACGCCGUCUUUUGCAAGUGUAGACAAUCCUCCAAUCCUGCAAUUCCAUGACAAAAUAAACUCAAUGAAAUUAUUGUCUAAAGAAUUCCACGAUCGUUCGAAGAUCAAUGUUGCUGAUCAAAGACUACACGAAAUUCCGGAAACUCCAGCAAUUCCGGCAAUUCCGAACGAUAAGGUAGUAUACGAACGCAAGACGAUGGAGGAACCUGUGAAUGAAAUUUUGAAUUAUGACAAUUCCAAGAAAUUCCAGGAAUUGAUCUCCAACGCGCGGACGAACAGAGAUAACAGUGGAAUUGUUCACGAUUUUCCAGUCACGAAGAAGAAUGUCGGAGCGUUCAGAAGAAAGAGAGAGAUAAUGAUAUCAGCUUCGGCGCAGGAAAUUACCGACGGGACAGAAACUCGUGGAAUUGCAGGUCAAACGAUCGUACAAAAAUUAAGGCAUAAUGGAGAAAAUUUGAGUUCGAUGACGAACCAGUUUGCUACCUCUAAAAGUCAAAAGAAGCAGUUUAAAAGCUUAAAUGUUAUCGACAUUGAUACCAGCGAAGACGUUUCGAAUAUCGCAAUUCCAAGUUACAGUAAAGUAUCUAACGUUGCAUCUGUAAAUAACGAUUUUUAUGGUAAGACCGAUAGCUCGAAAUCGACAUGGCAGAAAACCGUGUCGCCAGAAACAGCGUCGAGAAUGAAGUACCGAAAUCGCGUGGAAUCGUCGUCGUUUAGAAGACAGUAGUACGUAUAAGAAAACGUUUCGAUCGAAAGACUAGGUUAAAACGAUACAUUGAGGGAAGAACGUAGAGGUAAGAAGAGAUUAUGAUAAUCCCAAGUAGACUACGGAACUGUGCACGAUCAAACUGUCAAGUGGGAACUUAUUUUUCGAAGAACAAUAUUAACGUUAUCAAUCGGCAACAAUGUUCUCUGGUUCUUCAAUAAAGGAUUAAGAAAUUGCGAAUGAUCGAGGAUUCGCAAAACGAAACGACUUUGAACGAUAUCGAAUUGAAUUCGCCAGAAUUCCGGCAAAAAUUUCCUUUACUUUUUAUUUUCAUAAACGUUAAGGUUUUUCGUUUUAAGAAGACGAGAAAUGAGACUUCGAUGCAUGCACCUGCAAUUUCUACCAUAAAUUCGAUAAGUGUGACGAUUAAAAUUGUGGAGAUUCGGCUUUACAUCUCGUUAUUUCAUCGAGACCUCGAAUGGUCGCGUUGUGAUUAACGCUUUGCCAAUUGGGGUUUUCACAGCUCGAAGAAUUCGAAUAUUUGCGCGGCAAAUAAUCUGUAAAUUAAUCGUCUAACAUGGAAUUUAUAAGAAAUUUAAGCGAGAAACCAAUAUUGGAAUAUUCUCACCUUAUGUAUCAAACUUUCACGGGAACAAUACGGUACACACAAUAUAAUACAAAUACGAUGUAUUAAAACCAGAAAUAAUGUCCUCGUUACUAACGAUUAUAGUAGGUCCAACAAUAUAGUGAAGUUGUAAAAUUGCGUUAAUAUGAUAUAACAUAUUCUGUUAACGUGAUAGAAUAUUUCGAUUAUCCACGCGGAAUUUAUAACAAUUUUACACGAAAUAGGAAACCGCCAUCGAUCGUUACAGAAUUAGUCAACAAUAACAUAAUUUUGAAUACAUACAAUUUACAACCGCAGCAUAUCGUUGAACGUACUUAUGCUUCGCUGUACGAUUGGCAAAGCGUUGACGCGAUAUCAAGAGGAAAAAUCACAAAAUAAAUCGUAGAUCGUAAAAAUCGCCCGUCACCUUCUCGAGAAAGCUUCAACGUGACGGAAGCAAUAGGGUAAAUAUUCGCCAGAGGAAUCCGUUGUCCUCGAUCCUGCUUGAAAUUUGGAACGAAAUUUGUCAACGAAGACGAGCUGACAGAUUGAAAAGCUGUAGGGUUAAAGCCAGACUCGUGGAUACCGACGCUCUUUUAUCUUUUUUCUUCUCCUUCUCACAAUUUUCCUCUUUCCUCUCCUUUCUUCUUCUCUUCGUCCAUUCUCCAAUCCUGUCUAUGCAUGGAAAAACGUCUCGACUCGAUCCCUUGUUCCGAUAAAUCGCGCCAGUUUCCACCGCGGAAGGCAUGAGAAUAUCUCCUCCCCCUUGAGUUUCACCUCGAAUCCCGUGAAUACGAAUGGUAAUUACUAGACUGCAAAUUUUUAUGUAUGCGCAGGAAAUUUCGAAGUAUAAAAUCGAACAAAAUCCGCGUAAUAUGCAAAAUAUACAAAAUAAAUGAAAAACAUAUAUGGAUAAAAAAUAUAUAAAUAUUCAAAAUAGUAUAAUACUUGGUACGAUGUUGAUAGCGACUAUAAAAAUAUUUAUUAGGCCACUUUUAUACGUACUAGUUGAUUAGAUUCAAAUGUAACAAAUUCCAUAUCAUUUAAUAGUACAUUCGUAUAAUUACGAAAAUUUAGUAAUAUGCAAAUGAAGCGUAAGACCUAUUGAAAAAGUAUGUCUCGUCCGAAAAUAAGCUAGCGUAGAAAUAAUUUUUGCAAGCAUUGUAGCGCAUGAACCAAAUUUCUACAUUGGUUCACGUUCAUAAAAAUAUAAAUUUGCAUAAGAAUCUGCAUUCUUCGAUAGCUAUUACCUUCGAUCGCGUCCUUUCAUCGAUCGUGAUUUUUCUUUGAUCAAACGGUCGGUGUCCAUACUGUUCAUUUAUUGGUGUCAUUCAUCUCGAAUUAGGCACACGUAUCUCGUCUUCGUUGAUCUCAGGAGACAAAGAAACACGGACGUGGAACGUAGGUUAGAUUACGCGCGAUGACUUCGUUAAUCGAAUUUCUGAGCUCGAGAGUUUUUAAGCUUCAUUUUGAUGUUAAGAGCAGUAGGAUGACAUUCAUAUGAACAUGUUGGACAAAUCUAGAAUUUCUCCUUCAGAUAGAUGGAUAUAAUUGGUAAAAGAAAUUCAUGCAAAUCGGAUACUAAAAGUUUGUUCGAAUCAAUGGAGUUCUACUGUAUGAUAUUAAUAGUACAUAUAUAAUGUGAUACGUAAACUAAGGCGACAAAGUGAUAACGCAUAGAGGGAUAAUUGCUAAGCGACUGUCUAUCGACUAGGAGUAGAUAUAGCGCAACUUUUAACCUCUUAGCCUACACGCUAUCUGCCGAUCGCGUGAGCCAUAGUAGGCAAGAAGUUGGGUCGUGCACCCUUGGGUCGUGUGCCCGAACUGGCGCAAAAUGUACACUUUCUAUGACAUGCAUAUUUAGGGGCUACAAAAGGGAUUGUGAAAUAAUAAACAACGUUUGAGGACAAAUGGUGUUUUUAAGACGUCUAGGGCGUAAUCAUGAUCAAUUGAUCAGUUAACAAAAACAAUUGAUUAUUUCAAAGUGGAUAAUGAAUCAGUAGCAAUUUGUAAAUUACCACGAGUCAGACACGUGGGUUCCGUUUAUGGCAUAAAUUCUUUACUACGAGUCUGACACGUAGUUUUCGCUUAUGGCACAAAUCCCUUACAACGAGUCUCCCUCGACGUUAUAGGCUAAGGGUUUAACUUAACGCGCGCGCGAUGCGCACGAGGUAUCGCAAGUUUCGACAUUGCGAUUUUAUUUACUGCUGUAUGUAACGUAAGACGGCUUGAAUAAAGCGUACUACAGAAUAAA